AUGAAGGUCGUACGCAUGGACGCAGACCCCUCCGAAGUUUACCGGCCGGAGGCAGGGGCUGAGCAUGGCAAGCUGAAAACAGACUACAGGAAUUACAUGGCCGGGCCGCUGCUAGAUCGCGUGUAUAACACCUACCUGCUGAUGCACACGCACCAGACCGUGGACUUUGUCCGGAAGAAGGAGCUGGCAGUGACCCCUGUGCUCAGAGCUGGGCCUCACCAGCUCCCCUGUCCCCAGGGCGCAGAGUACGGGGCCUGCGCCCAGCGCCGAAUGAGCAUCAUGGAAGCCUUGGAUUUACUGGACAACGUGGUGGAUGAAUCGGACCCGGACGUGGACUUUCCCAACUCCUACCACGCGUACCAGACCGCGGAGGGCAUCCGCCGGGCCCACCCGGACAAAGACUGGUUCCAGCUGGUCGGGCUGCUGCAUGACAUGGGCAAAGUCCUGGCCCUGGCCGGGGAGCCUCAGUGGGCCGUGGUGGGCGACACAUUCCCCGUGGGCUGCAGGGUCCAGGAGUCUGUCGUCUUCAGCGACUCCACCUUCCACGACAACCCCGACACAAAAACCCCCCUGUACAACACGCAGUAUGGGAUCUACCAGCCUCACUGCGGCCUGGCCAACGUGCUUAUGUCCUGGGGCCAUGACGAGUACAUGUACCAAGUCAUGAAAUUCAACAAUUUUGCUCUCCCCGAGGAGGCUUUCUACAUGAUCCGCUUCCACUCGUUCUACCCCUGGCACACGGGCGGGGAUUACAUGCACCUGUGCAGCAAUGAGGACCUGCGCAUGCUGGCCUGGGUCAAGGAGUUCAACAAGUUUGAUCUCUACACCAAGUGCGAGGAUCUGCCUGACGUGACACAGCUGAAGCCGUAUUACCAGUCCCUGAUUGACAAGUACUGCCCAGGCCAGCUGUGCUGGUGA